CAAGGGUCCUCGGUGCUUGGCCUCGCCCGCAACACCCUCCUGGAGGAUGCUGAGUCCCGCUGCCUCCCUCGAUGCAGAGCCUUCGAGCGCCCCAGUCCCCGACGGUUUCCCCGCGGGCCCCAGUGUCUCCCCAAGACGCCUGGCGAGGCCGCCGGGGCUGGAGGAGGCGCUGAGCGCGCUGGGGCUGCAGGGAGAACGCGAGUACGCCGGGGACAUCUUCGCCGAAGUCAUGGUGUGCCGCGUGCUGACCCGGAGAGCCCUGCCCCGCGCUGUGACCCCGGAGAUGCGCGCCCUGGUGGUAGACUGGCUGAUCCAGGUGCACGAGUACCUGGGUCUGGCUGGUGACACACUUUAUCUGGCGGUGCACCUGCUUGAUUCCUACCUGAGCGCUGGCCGCGUGCGCUUACAUCGCCUGCAGCUGCUGGGCGUGGCCUGCCUGUUUGUGGCGUGCAAAAUGGAAGAGUGCGUGCUUCCCGAGCCCGCCUUCCUCUGCCUCCUGAGCGCGGACUCCUUCUCGCGGGCGGAGCUGCUGCGCGCCGAGCGCCGCAUUCUGAGCCGCCUCGAUUUCCGGCUGCACCACCCGGGCCCGCUGCUGUGCCUCGGGCUGCUGGCGGCGCUGGCAGGGAGCAGCCCCCAGGUGAUGCUACUUGCCACCUACUUCCUGGAGCUGUCUUUGCUGGAGGCCGAGGCGGCGGGAUGGGAGCCGGGUCGUCGCGCGGCUGCGGCUCUCAGCCUGGCGCAUCGCUUGCUCGACGGGGGGGGCUCCAGGCCCCAGCCGGAACUUUACAGCCGCUCCCUGUAGGAAGAAUCGGGUGUCCACCUCUCCCCGGUGCUCGCCUAGUCACUCCAGUUGAAGAUGGGACGCGUGCCCGAUCUCAAGAGAGCCCCUGACCCGUCAGUGGGGACCCACAUCAGCGCUUCUUAGCCUCGAGUCUCCAGUUCCAAGGAUGGGUCAUCUCCAACCCCUUGCCCUGCCUCAGUUUCUCCAUCUCCCUGCUGCAGCCCCGAGGAACUGGGCACCCUCGAGCCGUGCAUGGCCCGCGCUGCGCUCCAAGGUCCCGCGCCGGGUCGCGCCGCAGUCUUCCUCAAGUACGCGCGGCCCCAGCGCCAGGGCACCAGCCUUGCCGCCGCCUGCCUGCUCCGCCGCCUCCAGUCUGAGCCUCCCUGAGCACUGAGACUCAGUCACAAAAAAAUCAACAACAAAGAACAAAACCCUCCCAGUGUGUGUCCGUCUCUCAUCUCAAUAAAAGAAUUUAUUUUAUUCUGA